AUGUCGGCCAACGUGAAGUACCCGACAAUACGCCCGAAGCAUGCCAAUGCCGCUUUUCUCGCCGUCUGGCUGAUGCUGGCCCUCUACUGCUACUCCAAUUCCUACGACGACCCCUCGUCUAUCUUUUUCAACGAGAAGCUCGCCUUCCGAGAACGCUUUUCCCUCGUUCGCACCACCAACGCCGAACACCUGAUCGAGGUCCUGACCUACGGGCCUCCGACGCCCAAGAUCGAGCGGCUCCCCGGCACCAAGCCCUUUCUCUGCAUUGGCGUUCCUAGUGUCGCCCGCAACACCGUCUCGUUUCUGCCGCAGACUCUCGCUACCCUCGUCGACACCUUGACCGACGAGGAGCGCUCUACCAUUCAUCUCGUGACGCUGCUUGCCGACCAAGAUCCCAAAGACCACCCCGCCUACGAGGCGCCCUGGCUCGAUCGUCUUGUCGACGAGGCUAUCGUUUAUAGCGCUGGCAACUGGACGCUGCCACCUCAGCCAGAGGUUCCGUCACGCGCGCCACUCCCUACGACGUCCGCCAAGCCGGCCGCGGCUGGCAUUGCCGACGUUGAGCAGCGCAAAGCCUCCCACCCGAAAGCCCCUGACUGGCUCUACUUCCGUCUUUUCUACUCAGAAAUCUUCAUGGGCUGGAACAGCGAGGAGUGGCUUGGCUACUCGCGCGUCAUCUUUGAGCUCUACGUCCUGGCCCUUGUCGUCUUUCUCGUCCUGCGUCGCACAUGGCCCGCUGCCUCUCUUGGCGCCCAAGGCAAGCGCACCGUCACCACGUACCGCCACACGUCGGCCUGGAUGGCCGCCCUCGUCUUCGGCCUCUGGCUGCCGGCCCUCAUCGUCCUGUACUUCGCCGCUGGACGCGUCUCGACCCACCGCAUGACCCCCUGGUCCUCUGACGGCGUCCGGGAGAUGCCCAAUUACGGCUGCUGCGCCCAGGGCCUUGUCUUCCCGCAGCGACAUCUCGAUAUGAUCCACGACAUGCUCGUCACGCCGCCCUUUAACUUUCCCGGUGACAUGAUGCUCGAGGAUCUGGCGCGCGACAAACAGUUGACAAAGUGGGCUCUCGAACCGAGCGUCUUCCAGCAUGUCGGGCUGAAGGAGUCAUCAGACGGAACGCAGAGGAAGGAGGUGUGGAAUUUUAGCUUUGAGAGGCAACAAAAAUAG